AUGACGGAAGGCUUUCUUGACAUAGACACGCGAUCACAAAUACCGCGGUUGUGUAAUUAUGAAAUGCUGAGGAAUCGCAUCGGAAGUACUGUACGGGUGGUGGGAAGAAUCAUCUCCAUCGACAAGAAUAACCUUAUCAUACAAACGCCAGACGGAGCGAAGGUGCUAUGCGCGCUCAACCAGCAGGCAACCCUCCAAACUAUGCAGGUCGUGGAGAUAUAUGCUGUCGUGCUUCUAGACACAAGGCAACGAGGCAACACCGUAUAUCUCCAGCAAUACGGGCAGAUACACAAAUGGGACGAAACGACUAACAUGGAGCACCUGAAUACCGCCAUAAUUCUCUCAAAUAAUCCCAGAAUUGCCAAGUAUCUGAACCAACUCAACCACAACAAAGGGCGAGGACAGUGCAUUACACUGUUGGUUCGUUCUACAGACAAAGACCUGAAUAAUGAAGUUGUUUAUCGGGAUAUGGAAACGUAUACACGAUUACGUACCCAACGGUACUACGAGGGAAACCACUUCGCCAACAGGCAAGCAUCAAGGUUAUAUCCUGUGUUUUAA